AUGGUUAAUUUCUACAAGCGAUAUGCCUCUGAUGCAUCUACCAUAGGAGCACCCAGUCAUGGGAGUCAUGGGGGUAGCCGGCGCACACAGCUGCCCAUGCUGGCGAUCCCUGACCGAAACCGGUUCAAUCUUCUUUGCAUGCUUGGAGAGUUUAUCGGAACAUUUCUAUUUCUUUUCUUUUCCUUUGCGGGUACCCAGAUCUCCAACACUCCCGCGCCUGCUCCGGGAUCAGAUCCAAACACCUCCAACUUGCUCUUUGCCUCGCUCUCGUUCGGGUUUGCCUUGACAGUGAACGUGUGGGCUUUCUUCCGUGUGACCGGUGGCCUGUUUAACCCUGCAGUGACCCUCGCUCUUUGCCUCGUGGGUGGUCUACCGAUAACACGAGGAUUGAUGGUCAUCCCUGCGCAGCUGCUCGGUGGUAUCGCCGCUGCUGGGGUUGUCAGUGCUCUCUUUCCUGGCCCUCUUACCGUCGCGACACGUCUGGGUGGUGGUGCCUCUAUCUCGCAAGGCUUGUUCAUUGAAAUGUUCUUGACCGCACAGCUUGUGUUUGUCAUUGCGAUGCUGGCAGUUGUCAAGCACAAGUCGACAUACCUGGCCCCUAUUGGCAUUGGUCUGACCUUCUUUGUCUGCGAAAUGGUUGGUAUCUACUACACCGGUGGCUCUCUGAACCCUGCCCGGUCCCUCGGACCCGACGUGAUCAAUCGUAGCUUCCCUGGAUACCACUGGAUUUAUUGGGUUGGACCGUUAUUGGGCUCCCUGCUCGCUUCAGGGUUCUUCGCUUUGCUCAAGAUGGUCCGCUUUGAGAACAUCAACCCUGGCCAGGACUUCAAUGAGUGGGAGAAAAUGGCCCACGCAGAUCUCACCAAUUGGAACCCGAACAGGUCCAUGAGUGAUCCGAUCCACAACGGGCAUGAGUUCUACGGCCCUGGAGGUCAAGGUCAGAAUGGUGAGACAAACAUCCAGGCUCCCGGGGCGGCUGCUGCUCCUCCAUCAGAUAAUCACGUCUAA